CCGCCGAUCUGUCCUCGUUCUCGCCUGCACGUCUGGCUGCGCUUGGAGGAAGACCCCGGGCGCGAGCGAGCGGCCGCGGCAGGAACCGGUGCUGACCUCCGCGCGGCGGGCCGAGCCCAGGGCUUUGUGGCGGUCGCUACCUGCGCCCAGCCCGCGCCGCAACUCUGCGCCCAGCUUUUGGCAUCUUUUGUUGGCAGCGCUGACCUCUCCAAGUUAAAUGCUCCCUCGCUAUUUUUCUUUUUUUUGUUUGUUUGUUUAAUUUUUGGAGAGCUUGGAAUCUUGGAAAAGCCUCAGACGCCAUCUACAGUUAAAACGUCUACCCCCAUCACAAUAGCGAGGUAUGGGAGAUCGCGGAACAAAACCCAGGAUUUCGAAGAGUUGUCGUCUAUAAGGUCCGCGGAGCCCAGCCAGAGUUUCAGCCCGAACCUCGGCUCUCCGAGCCCGCCUGAGACUCCGAACUUGUCGCAUUGCGUUUCUUGCAUCGGGAAAUACUUAUUGUUGGAACCUCUGGAGGGAGACCACGUUUUUCGUGCCGUGCAUCUGCACAGCGGAGAGGAGCUGGUGUGCAAGGUGUUCGAUAUCAGCUGCUACCAGGAAUCCCUGGCACCAUGCUUCUGCCUGUCUGCUCACAGUAACAUCAACCAAAUCACUGAAAUUCUCCUGGGUGAGACCAAAGCCUAUGUGUUCUUUGAGCGAAGCUAUGGGGACAUGCAUUCCUUCGUCCGCACCUGCAAGAAGCUGAGAGAGGAGGAGGCAGCCAGACUGUUCUACCAGAUUGCCUCGGCAGUUGCCCACUGCCACGAUGGGGGGCUGGUGCUGCGUGACCUCAAGCUGCGGAAAUUCAUCUUUAAGGACGAAGAAAGGACUCGGGUCAAGCUGGAAAGCCUGGAAGAUGCCUACAUUCUACGGGGGGAUGACGAUUCCCUCUCUGACAAGCAUGGCUGCCCUGCUUACGUAAGCCCAGAGAUCUUGAACACCAGUGGCAGCUACUCGGGCAAAGCAGCCGACGUGUGGAGCCUGGGGGUGAUGCUGUACACCAUGUUGGUGGGGCGGUACCCUUUCCAUGACAUUGAACCCAGCUCCCUCUUCAGCAAGAUUCGGCGGGGCCAGUUCAACAUUCCAGAGACUCUGUCGCCCAAGGCCAAGUGCCUCAUCCGAAGCAUUCUGCGGCGGGAGCCCUCAGAGCGGCUGACCUCGCAGGAAAUUCUGGACCAUCCUUGGUUUUCUACAGAUUUUAGCGUCUUGAAUUCAGGAUAUGGUGCUAAGGAAGUGUCUGACCAGCUGGUGCCAGACGUCAACAUGGAAGAGAACUUGGACCCUUUCUUUAACUGAGCUCAUGCCCCCCGAGACUUAGCAGGUACCAGGAGUGAGCGAGGGCAGUGGAAAGGAGUUCUUCCAGGGGACACAAAUCACCUGGCUGGGUAGCAAGAAAGACACUCACACUUUUUUCAGUUUCUUGGUUCAGAGAAGGAAAAUCUUCAAGGAGCUGACCGACCAUGUAGCAUGGGGGCAAGAGGUGUGCGAUGGGGGUUGGGGUCAGAUGGAUGGGAGCCCCCCCCGGAGCUUGUCUUCCCUACUGUCGCCUGGGAGGCCACCCCUUGCCACUUAGGCCACUUCCGCCUAUCCCACUUUUCAUUUUGUUCCAAAAUAGUUGCAGAUCCUGACAAAAUCAAAACUCUCUGCCUCAGACACACAUCCUGGCAUCGCACUGUUAGCAUUUAACUUCUUGUUAGGAUUCAGGGAAGGAACAGUUGGCCAAGAAUUUUUUUUUCCUUUAAACAAGCCAACCACCUAGCUGGUAAUUAAUGAGGUUCACUUACAAAAAAAAAAAAAAAUUCGGUGCACACAGACUGACAUGAAACCUGGGUGCUACACUAAAAGAAAACAAAAGUCUAGUUUGUGUCUCUUAAUCGCUCUCUUAACUCAUUUCUUCUAAAUAAACUAUUUAAUAUCCUGGUCAGGAAAUGACAUGUUAAUGCUUUGCUCCCUGAAGGGGAAAAAAUCUGUCCUUUAACAAGCUAUUCUGUUUUGUGUCAGUUGGUUCAUGGCAGGAAGCUAUUAGGAGUCGAACGUCCAGAUGCAUUACUGCUAUCUUAGUCUAAAGGGGGGAAAGAAAAGGGAAGAAGAAAGAGAAAGAGCAAUCCGACUCCUUUUUCAUGUUUUGCUUUUGAACGGUGAGGGUUUGUGUGACAGGCAUUCCUCUUUGCUGAGAUGACAGCAAUGGCCUGAGAUUUUAGCAAGCUCCUGGAGUCUGACGCUUUCGCAGCAUUCUGAUCACAAUUAAACAUUUGUCUUUGUUUUAUUAGAAACUAGUGAAACAAAGCAGGUUGUCCUACAUGUAUAAAAUACAGGGCAGCUAUUUAGUUUUCUUUACGAAGAAUGAUCCUUUUGGCUUGUAAGGCCCUGGAUAAUUAGCUGAAAGCUAUGAUGAUAUAAAUAAAAACAGCUCUCUAUCCCAAUACGCACCUUUGUAUUUUCAAGAACGCUUCUAUUUAUUAAGGAAAAUGUCACAUUGUGAUGUAUUAAGCCAGUACUUCAAUUACGGGUUGACUUGGGAUGACAUAUUACAUGCUGUAGUUAACAUUUAUAAUUUUUUUUCCUUGUUUGAGUAUUUCUGUCUCUGGAAUAACCUUUUACUUGGCUUUUCUAGAUAGCUUUAUUUGAUUUUGAGUGGCAAAAUGUUUUUUAUUACGGCUUUUCUAUUGCUGUAUGAUACAGAACUCUUUUGGCAUAAAUAUUUGUGUUCCCAGUACCUCACUUGUUUGGAUUUGACUGCCUGUAUAUGUUUUGUGAAAUGGUCCUGUUUUUGGGUAGGUGACACGUGGACUCUAGUAUGUAAAUGUUACUUGAAUCUGUGCUUCAUUAUAGUGUGUGGCAUGUAUGUGCAGACUCUUGGAUGCUUUAUGCCUGCGCAGCGGGAGCCUGUCCUCACGUUCUCAGGAGGGCAGUUUCACCCUUCGUAACCAGAAGACAAGGCGGCCAUGGAUUUGCCCUUGAUUCUAUUUUGCUAAUGGAAGAUAUAAAGGAGAGAAGUUUUUUUUGUUGUUGUUUUAAUUUUUUUUUUUUUUUUUUUUUUACAUUCUGAAGAUGGUGCUGUGACAAGAAGGACCUUUAUUUCUUCCCUCUCCCCUAUUUUUUAAGUACCUUGUAGGAGGAGAGAUUGGUGACAUGCAUGGUGGGGAUCUAUGGCCUCUGGUGCUUUGUCCUGUAUUUGGUUUAAUGUUUUCGUCCUAAUCUCUUCAAUCAAUAAAAUUGUGCGUAUUUAACUAAAA